UGGUCAGUCAGUCGGUCAGUGAGGUUUGUUUGUCCGAACAGUUUGUUAGUAAACUGGCAGCUGAUCAGUCGCACCGAAGGCAGUGCGUGUGUACCCGCUCGUUCCACAUCGAGGAUCGCCCGUCAAGUGCGUGUACAUGCUUGGGUGCGUGCGUACCACCUACCUGUGUUUUCAUGUGUGAGAGAGUGUUGGUACGAUGGUGGAAUGGGACAAUUUGUGGCAAUUCGUGCUAGCGGUGGUGCGACUCGGCAGAGGGGUCAUCGCGUUCGUGAUGCACCAUCUGCACGUGCGGUUACGUCCUCCACGUGAUUGUCCGGUCGUCACCGUACGGCAGGGCCAGUUGCGUGGUAUUGCGGCACGGCUCCCAAAUGGCGCUCGGUACUAUUACUUCAAGGGAGUACCGUACGCGGAACCGCCAGUCGGGAAGCUACGGUUCAAAGCUCCAGUUCCUUUGGAACAGUUCCGUAAACCGAUGCUCAACUGUUACGCCGAACGGAGCGACUACAUACAGCUCGAUUUCUUUUCCGGGUUUGUGUUUGGGUCGGAAAAUGGACUCUUUUUGAAUGUCUACACACCACAACUUCCGAUGGAUGGGGAAGAGACUCCGGGCAGUGGAAACGGAUUACCCGUUAUGGUGUUUCUACACGGUGGCGGCUUUGCUUGUGGCAGUGGUAGCAGUCUGUUCUACAAUCCGGAAUACUUUUUGCAACGUGGCGUACUGGUCGUUACCGUUAACUAUCGCUUGGGUCCGUUCGGGUUCCUCUAUCUACCCGAAGCCGGUAUCGAGGGUAACGCUGGUCUCAAAGAUCAACUAAUGGCACUCCGUUGGGUCAAUCAAAAUAUUGCAUGCUUCGGAGGCGAUCCAACCAACGUAACGCUGUUCGGUGAAAGUGCUGGCAGUUUCUCGGCCUAUCUGCACAUGCUCUCACCAAACUCAAGGAAAUAUUUUCAUCGAGUUAUCUGCCAGAGUGGCGUUGUCUGCUCGAGUUCGUUUAUGCAGGCAAACCCGCUAGAGAUGGCCUUGAAUCUCGCUCGUCACUUUGGUUACAGCGGCACAAGUCAACAGGGUGCGCUAGAAACCCUGCAACAAGUUCCAGCUAAAAAAUUAGCCUCCCAGCAACGUAAAGCCCUCGGACAACUUGCAGAAAAACAGGCUGAUCUCGUCUUUAUCUUUCUCCCAGUCGUCGAACAAACGCUUACGGACCAUUCCAUUAUAACACAACCCCCAGAAGUGUUACUGAAAGCGUAUGACACACUCCAUAUGCCGCUGCUCGAAGGUUGUAACGAUGCGGAAGGCAUACUCGGUCUGUACAUUAUACGGCGCAAGGCGGGCGUGGAAGAUAUGCGCCAUCUUCCCGGCCGCAUGACGGCCAAGUUGUUCCGUCAUCUGACACCUGCGGAACGGACCGAGGUGACGAACAAGGUACGCAAGUUUUACUUCUCCGACGAACCACCGUCCGCGUGGUCUAUCGAUCAGGUCAAGCAUCUGCUCACGGAUGUGAUCUUCAUGAACGAUUCCGCCAUUAAUGCCGAGUGGUUGGCCAAAUAUCAACCGAAUCUGCGCCAUUACCAUUACCGUUUCACGUACGACGGUCGGUUUAGUUUGCUGAAGCGAUUGUUCUUUAAUGCGACCGUUACGGGAGCAUGCCACGGUGACGAUGUGCUGUACAUGUUUAAUCCCAAGUUUUUGCCAAACUUUACACCUUCAACUGAUGAGUGUCGUGUGCGAGAUAAUUUUGUCGCCCUGUGGACCAGCUUCGCCAAGCAUGGCGAUCCGUCGGUUGAUUCGCGUGAUGUAGUUGAUGUGCAGUGGCAUCCGGUAAGGAAAAUUCCAACCGACGGUUCGACGAACUUCCAGCUCGACUGUCUCGAGAUUAAUGUGCAACCAGCAAUGGUGACCGAUCCGUGCAGGGAACGAGCGCACUUUUGGCGUGAACUACUAGAAGCGCACCAAAAGGAUCACCUUUGAACGUGGGAAGAAUGAUUGUGAUAAGCGGUGGAUGUGUAGCUGUAAGCGGACUAAGGUAACUCCCUGACAUUAGAGUUGCAUCUAAGGAACUAAGUACAUGACAAUGGAAAACAGAUAUUAAAUGUCUGACAGUUUAUACUAA